AUGGAAACUUUGUCCCCUGAAGGAAGUUUUUGGAUUUUUGGAUAUGGUUCAUUGAUUUGGCACCCUCCUCCCAAAUUUGAUCUAAGUAUUCCAUGUAACAUUCGGGGAUAUGUUCGACGACUUUGGAUGAAAAGUGAGGAUCAUCGGGGAACCGUGGAGAGGCCAGGACGUGUAUUGACGUUGAUUCCUUACGAAGAAUGGGAACAAUUCUCGGAUUGGGCUCACACACCUUAUGAAGAGGGAUGCUGGGGGAUGGCAUUUCGUAUUCCUGCUCCCUUUGCGAAAGAAAUUAGAGCGUACUUAGAUGAUCGGGAAAUCAAUGGCUACACUGCUCAUAGUGUUCCUGUGUAUGCUCAUGUUGGAGAUAAAAAACCUAUCCUUGAAAAUUGUCUCGUUUACGUAGGCACAUCAAAUAGCCCCCAAUUUCAGCCUUCAGAAACACUCGAGGAAUUAUCAGAGAUUAUUUCAACUCGGAAAGGGAAAAGUGGACCUAAUUAUGUUUACCUUUUUGAGCUUGCCAAUGCUCUUCGCCAUCUUUCACCUGAAUCUAAAGAUACCCACGUUUAUAAGUUGGAAACUGCAGUUAAAAAGAAGCUCCAGAUUUUGUAA